AUGGCAAGCGAAAGCAUGGAUGGAGAGUUCAGCAACCAAAGCCAAACCUACUCGAGCUCGGUACCACAUGCCUCUUCAGGGUGCGAACAGAACCCUCAAGAUGCAAGCAAUGAGGAAGCUCAAGAACCUUUCUACUCUGAUAAAGUGGAUGCCCGCAACUUCCUUCUUGACAACUUAAAGCCGGACGAUUGCACGUCGAUACCCGAACAGGCCAAGUCUCAUGAGACACACCCAUACCCAUAUGUAUCUUUUGGGGAUAAUGGUACAACCGCAAGUCUCAACGCAUUCGGAGAUCUCAUGCAGAUCUCCCAGACCCACAGGUCCAGCCGUUCAGGCUUCUUCUGUGUGGAUCUCCCUCAAGUACCAGAGCCGUUCUUUGUUCAGAAUCGGGCAGAAACACUCAUGAAUGCUCGUGAGAUCGAUGGACAAGGUAUGUAUGCCUAUACGAAUGGUCAGGGUGAUAUUCCCAACGAGUCCUCGAAAAUGAGGCAUGAAUUCAUCCACGAUCGAUGGCCCCUUUUCACCACUGAAUACCAUCAUGUCACAUUCAAAAUCUUACAUGUCGCAUUCCAAGACACUGUCUUCCAGCAGUAUCAGUGGUCAACGACAGCAGACCCUAUCGACUAUUCCUCUGGAUUAGACAUCUCGGUGUCAGCGAACCUGCGGAUACGAGACUUGGAAUUCACUGAUCCUUCGUACGAAUUUAACUACGACGACUUUGACAAACACUAUUCCCCUCGAAUCAGCAAAGAUGGUUAUGGAUUCAUACUUGAACAUGCGGGCUUGUUCCGAGAUCACAAGGAGCACCAGGGAUUGGAGAGAUCUGACUCCGUCGCCCUGGCUGUCUCUAUCUUUGUCAAUGGCAAAGCUCAGCAGCUUGAGCUGGAUGGCAGUCAUGAUGAUCCCAGCAUAGUUGUCAAAUCACCCAAGAGCAAGUUCUCGGUGGAACGAACUCAAUCCGUACAAACGACAGUGGCUUACAAGAUACUGCUAUGUGAAAAGGAUUGGGACGGUACCGAUUUUCCUAUCACACAGGACAGUCUCGGCGCAAUGCACAAGAUGCUUGAAGGAAGUCCGUUCACGAGACUGGAACUGUCAAGUGAUGCUCACCUAGACUUCAUCAUGAGACGAAAUUUGGAGCAUAUACUUUCGGUUUGCAGUAUUCCGAAGCCUCAACCUUGUCGAAAAGCCUGCCAGGGUCAGUACCCUAUAGAAGAAGCAAUAGCUUUGACUUGUGGAGAUAUGUCGGGACACCGGAUUGUCACAUCAGCAAGCUUUUUCGCUUUCCAAUUUCUUCUAUCAAUGUACGAGCACCUAGGUGCAUUUGAACGGAAUCCAGAGUCCCAAGGCUCCUCAAAUGGGUCUAGCGAAGACGACGAAGUCGCCCGCAAACGUGUUUACAUCCGAAGCUUACGAGAGCGUAUUGGAAAAGUGUGCAGAGGGCACGCGAUCUGGCUGAGAGAAGCUAAGAAGGUCGAAAUGUGUUUUGGAGCCAAUUAUUGGGUCACUGGCGAAGCUAUCUCCAACGGGCAUUCGACAUCCGCCACGAGCACAGAAUCUCUAACGGAUACGCCAUUCCAAUUGAUCAAGCUCGCUGAUUAUGCAAGGCUGUUCGAGUUGGGAAAAAAAGAUGUCCUCUUCGGAGAGCUUAAGAGUCUCGCGAAACAUUGGAUUCAGCAACUCGAAACCGCCAACGCCCGAGAGUUUUAUGCAUUCCCUCGCCCCAAGACGGGCCCCACAACACUUCAAAAAUUCCGGUUGGACGACCACGUUUGGAUUUGGAGAGCUCUUCGAGUGGUCAAGGAUAUUGGCCUGGGUAACGAGCCAGAGAAUCUCAAGCGUCAGCGCAAAAUGUCGGGAAGGAGUCUCGAGAGGACGACUCAAGAGAGCAAGUUGAACUCGAGAUACUCUCCGGCGGUGUUUCAAAAGCAUGCCUUGCGACGGUUCACUACAGAAAACCCUGUUUCCAAGCAAAGAAUGCUUGCUGUAGCACGAUCACCGUUCGAGAACAGGUUUUAUCUCCACUCUCGAGAUACUGCGUUGCUCUACAAAGAAAACUCGACAUUCUUCUCCAAGUGUGAUGCCCUCUGGGAAGCUACCAUGGAUGUACAGAAAUUUCAUGAGGAGUCUGAAGAUUCGAGUUGGGGCAAUCCUUUGAGGUACACGCUGGCCAUCAUGCUAGGCGAAACGAUCGGUCGCAUAGAUGGUAAACAACCCGAUGAUCUCUGCAAAACCGCAAAGGACAUUUUACUACAGAGUUCGUCCGCGAACGGGCUCUUCCCAGGUGCGCUGCAUCCAGUGACUAAGGAGCCUGAGCUGUACCAAGACAAAAGGUGGAGAGACAGUUAUUGGCACCGGACUUUCGAAGUUCCUUACGUCCUUUGGCAGAGCAGAGACUAUAAACUGUCUCGAUCCGUUUCGAGCAAUGUACCUGCCCAAGUUCAGAGGGAUUUGCCUGCGAGGUCACUGGCCUCGGAUUCAUAUUCCACUCAAAUGGAAAUGAAGAGACGGAUGCCUUUCAACAACAUCAUUGUCCAACAGAGCAUAGUUGAACUGUCGGAUGAAUGGCUAUACAAGUUUCCAAGCUUGUUCCAUACUGAAUGGGCUGACAAAUACUGCGUUGUGGACAAAGGUGCAGCGGUCACAUCGAAGGGCGUCAUUAUCGACAUUCCAAAGACCGACCGCAACAAGAAAAAAGAAGAUCCUACGCGUAAUAUCGAGCUGCUGUGCAACGAACGCAUGUAUGCAAAGCUUAGAGAAGAGCGUACAGCACAAAACAGCAAGAAACGGCUCAUCUGGAUCACGAACCCCAACGCAGAUACUAAAGGAAUUUGUUGUGCCACAUCUGCCAAACAUGAGACAGAUUCGUUGGACCUCUUCUUCAAGAGACACAAGGAUAAGGUCAAAUACUUCUCCGAUGAAGUAACAGCAACUGCAAACUUAUGGACGACCGAGCUUCAUCUGUCAUCCUACCGACUUUCCAAUCAGACAAAGGACAGGGAAGGGACCGGUAUGAUGUUUCUAGGAGGCAAGCACUUAUUCAUCGAAAGGGCAGGUGCAGGUUUCCGGUUUGUCGGGGACUUCUUCGAUCGCUACUGGACUUGCCACGUUCUUGAGACCGAGCUGAACGACAAAGUCACAUGUACAGGGAAUCUCAAAAAUAUCCUUGAGCUGGAGAAGUUGAAACUGGCUGUUGAGCAACACAAGCAGCCGUGGAAGCAGCGGAAGGUGCUAGAACUUCUUCUACUCGACCGAAUGCUUGGGGAGAUUACGCAGCGCUACCAAAAAAUGAUAGAGAAAACGGGCCAACAACUGGAGCAGUUGUUUCCUCAUGCAACCAAUAACGAAGGGAUUGCCGAAAGGAACAUAGUCUCGAUCUCGAACGAAUUGUUCUCCAAGCAGAUGAACAACAACGCUUACUUGAGCUUCCGUAAGACAUGGCCGGCCUUUCAAUAUUCUCUACAAGUCAUGGAAGAAGACCUCAAAGAAAUCUUGGAGAAGAUUGAUAUAUGGACGAAUCGCAAAGCAGACCGAAAACCCGAAGAGCCGCGGUGGACAAAGAACGACGAGCGAAGAUAUCGGGCCGCGAUAACUAAGCUUACAAAUGAGAAUUCGCAUGCGAUUCGAGACUUAAGAGAUCACCUGGCCACCAUUCAGUCUCUCAGAAUCUCCCUCUCAAGCGGGCUGCAGUCGACACGAGACGAGUUGAACUUUCUGAACGCAGAGCGCAUCCGUUACUUCACCUACCUCACCGCCGUGUUCCUGCCACUGGGAUUCGCUACAGGAAUAUGGAGUAUGGCCGAGUCUUCCCCUCGUAGCGAAAGCCUAAAGGGAAUGGCGGUCACAGCUGUCGUAACAUUACUCCUUGCAAUCGUUGCGCCGGUGCUGGUCAAUGUGCAAAAAUUCAACGGGCAGUUGAGCCAAUAUACCUCUUGCAGAUUCUGGACGAAGCGCAACGAAGAACAGAACAAGGCGAGCCUCGACAGUACGAACUUGCCAACACCAAAUGACCGAGAAGGCCCUCAUAGGCAGGAUGUACGUGGGUCCUCUUCAGGAGCCAGUGAAAGAGGGAACGCACUGUUCACAAACCAAGCCCAGUCAAGUGUUUCGCCUGAGGGCGUUCGCCGACCAGACAGUUUCUGCGGAAUCGGAGGGAUUCGGCUCGAAGGUCUGCGAAGGAAGACAAGAGAAGCAAAGACAUCUGACGAUCCUCAGCUUGAGAGAGGCAAGACCAGGUAG